CAUUCCACUUUGGGUGUUUGUUUGCAACUUGGCCCAAUAUCCACGCUCAAGUCUCCGCGUGUGCUGCGCUGGAACGUCCUUGCCACAUGGCCUCACAACAAUUGCAUCUGCAGAACUGGAUCAGGUAGCAUGCGACGACUAAGCAUGCAACUCCACGCGCCAUGUCUCGGAACAAAGAAAACAAUCCUCUUUCAACCGCCCAGCGCAACGCGGCGAUCGCUCCCUUGCACAGGACUUUACCAAGUGACGAGUUCUUCACGGACAGCUUGAUUGACGACUCCCGUAUCUCAGAUGUCUCGCAUAUUCCGUCUCCAGUCAAGACGGGGCCUGUCAAACCUCGACGCGCCCUGGGCACAAGCAAAGCGUUGCAGACAGGCAAAGAUUCCGGCAAUCGGUCGACUCGCACUUCAUUGUUCGACUAUACUGCGGCCCGGACUAGCAGACACUUGAAGCCUUCACCGAAGCUGUCCAGGAGGAAAAGUCCAAGCCCUGCGCGAACGAAUGGGCUCACGACACCGCCGCAUUCCAGACACGGCCCGCCUCUCAAUAGCCCUACCGAGUUCUCCAGUCCCCCCGGCGGCCUGCACGAGUCCUACCAAAGAAUAGCGGACGAGGAGGAUCUAGCCGCGACGGAGAGGGAUGUGGACAGCGAAGAGGAUGAGAUCAAUGGCGGCAAUCAGCAGGAUACAUUUGAGACAAAUCUGGACAUGAGCCCCACAAGAGAAGGAAUAGUUUCAGAGCCUGCACAUGUUUCGCAACAACUGACGCCGGUUCAAUCUUCAUCGCCAUCGCGCGCAAAUAUGCAGAGUCCCGUAGAUGAUCGAGUCGAAAGUCUCUCGGAACCGCCUACCUUGGAUUUCCUCAAGAACGAGCUGACUGAUUGGGUCCUCGCUGCCAAAUUGACGCCCCACGUUGUUGAUCGCGCAAAAGAUCGAGCAAGGCUUGAGAAGUUGAGACAGAGCCGAAUACCGAUCAACUUUGGAGAAAAGUCCAACGAAGACCAGCUCAAUGGGGAGCACCGACGGAACGGUCUUGCCAGCGUCGCAAGCCGUGGCCCGAUCUCCUUCGACAAUGUUUUAGCCGUACAUACAAACGGAUUGCACCGGACGUACUCAGAGACGAGUGCCGACCUCGACCCUCAAAAGAGGGUCAAAGCCUUCAGGCGAGCAACGCGUCCUGGUGUCAAUAGUAUCGCACCCGAGGAUGAUGAUGGUAGCGAUACACCUCCGGAAUUACGGGAAAAGGAGAGAUUGGUCGCAUUCAGCAAAUCCAGUCGGCCGAAGAAGGAAAACAACGAAGACAGUGAAACACAGAGACCAGCAUCCGUACCAAAGGUCUUAGCGUUUUCGCGUGCCUAUGGUCGACCCCGUCCUCACGGGACGCCUUCCGAGACGAUGGAAGAUCAGGGACUUCCCGAUGACCCUACAGUUGCCUCUAUUGCUUCAACAGUAUCCGAGCCUCUUCCCGGGACGACUCCGCACCCGGACGAGGAUCGAGCAACACGUUCAUUCCUUGCCAGGUGGCGCAAAGAGACAGCGGAGAGACGUGCUGCAAAAGCUCGAGAGGAUACUGACCCUAGCGAGUCCCAAAUUGACUGGGCUGCUGCAGCUGCCGACAUCCCAUUACCAUCUAUUGAAAAGUCUUCAACCCCCCAAGACACCCCGCCAAAAUCCAUGCCAUCUUCCAUUAAAACACAAAGGUCCAUGGACCGGAUGCGGAAAUGGGAGAACGACUUCACAGGCCUUUCAUUCCAGGUGUCAGAAAGCCCACCAGUGCGUACGCGGACGAACCUCAAUGACACCCUCAGAGAGAAAGAGAUAGAAGACCUCGCCAGACAGGCUGUCACUACAAACAGACUGGACAAGAUCCGUGAAAAGGAUCCGAAUGUCAUUGUCCGUAAGACUUCUCGGAAUUUUAGUCCGCAGGAGCGCAAAUCAGCACCGCCAGAGCCACAAGAGACGUCGCCAAAAGCCGAUAAUGUCGACCUGAAGGAUCUGGGAGAAGCAGUACCCAAUACACCAGUCGUCGUUUACAGGUCGUCAAGCAGCAGUACGGACAAGUCCAAAUCGUCCCAGCGAUCAAUGCCAGAUUCUUUGGAUCAAUUACAGAGGCUAGCCCGGGCCGUCAGCACUACCCCAAGACCAAGUCCAGCUACACAUGAGUUGUCUCUUGUUCUUGACGAUGCGUCUGCAGUCCCGUUGCCCACUUUAGAAGAUGACUUGAAGUCUCAAUCUUCACUUGCAGAUCACGACAACAUCGACAAUAAGAAAAAAGUAGCCGAGACUCCAAGAGUCACGGGCGGAUGGACCGAUACCAUUUUACCAGAUACCGUCAAGACAAGAAACCAAACUCAAAGGGUUACAAAGUAUGCGCAAACGCCUCAUGUCAAUGCGGGAGGCUGGAUAGAGACGCCGCUACCUAACGGAGAUCGAGUUCCGAAUAUCCAGAUACCGAGGAUUGUCGAAGAGGAGACGGAGGAAUUAGUGACUGGAGAGACUCCAACAGACGUUGCGGCAGCGGAUGGCAUGGAACAUAACGCCCCUCCGCCAGCAGCUCCGGUGGAGGAGCCAGGGUCAAAAAUUGCCCCAAAGAAAGAAGAGGUCAUUCUUCCCAAAAGCGCCUUGACUAAUGUUUUGAAUGAAGCCAAACAGAAGCGGCUAGUAUCACACGACAUCACUGAUCCUCCUCGAGACGAGAAUGACACGCUUAACCUGGGCGACGCGACUAUCCAGAGCUUUGAAGACCUCCUUACCGAUGCUGCAGAUAUCACCGCAGACCUCACUAGCCUUAUCAAAGCUGGUGCUGAGGAGGAAGUCCUAGCUCUCAGAGAGAGGAAUAAAUUGACUGCUCCUAUUGCCUUAGAUGAGGAUACCUCAUCAGCAUCUGAGGUUGCAUUUAUUGGUCAUUUGACAAGUCGGAUGGAACGAUUGAUGUCAAAUUUGCAUGAAGCUAGAAAGGGCAUCGCCCGGCUAGAACAAAAGGUCUCUCACACACCAUCGAUGUCUUUGACAGGACCGGAUCAACAAAUGCAGGCGCUGGUGGCUGUCGAGGAUCCAAAUCAACCCUGCGUGAGAUGUGGUCGAAGCAAUGAUGACAUCUCUCACCUUCCUCACCAAAAAGAGCCGGUUGCCAUCUCGUCCUUCAUGGCACUACCCAUUGCCUACACAACAUUCACUCUCCCCAUUCCCCUGCUGUUCCACCCGCGCACAGCAUCUCAGGACAACAAGCGCCGGAACCGUUUCAUCGACGUUCUUCCGGGUAGUCCCACGUGGCUCGGAUAUCUCACCUUCUCCAUCUGGAUAUGGUAUAUCCUCGAAUGCGUCCUAGCAGAGAUCUACGCAAGGCCGCUCUAUGCAGAGCGGUAUAUCUGGCCAACUCAGCCAGAGCCUGAGUUUCCUUUCGUACUUCCGACAAUGCUCUACAGAUGGAUCCUCGGUGGGAGCUUGGGAAGUAUGCUAAUUGCACCUGUGGUGACGGUCUCAAGCGUGGUUUGGAGACUGAUUGUGGCUGUGUGUAAGGUUAUGGGAAUGUGGUUGGGGUGGUGGGAUGGCUUCGUUGAUGACGACAGGACCAGGAGCAUCAUGGCGACUGCUACGAAAUCCGCUGCUCAAGCGGUUAAAAGUCUCAUUUCCGGUCCCAGUGGCGCCAACCCUAUCGAAAUGGAGGGUUUGAGUAUGAUGAAUGACGAAAUUUUAUGAACGAUUCAACGACACGGUUGUGCAGGAUACUGUGCGGAUACUGAUUGCUUGGAUGGGCGACUACGUUUCACUUCGUGCAUGUCGGAGCCGGGUGACAUUGUAUGGAGUUGGCAGGGUGGAUAUAAAACGGAUGGGAAAACCAGGUCCAGGAAUCCAAGUCUGCACGGCGUUGGCAAGGCACUGGUGACGGCCAUGGUUCGGUCUCUGCUUUGUACCCUGUGUGCGAGGCACCGCACCGGAACCGCGUUACCUCUCGAGUUUGUUCGCUUCUAGGACGCUGGGCUGUAUCUUUGGAUCAUGAAGAGAUGGGAGGACAAGGACAAGCCUUGCUGUUCACAAAAGGAGUCAAAGUUUCGGCAUGUUUUCUGCCCAGCAACAGUGGUGAAGUGAAGCGUACCUGGGCUUUUACGUCGUUUGGUGGGAAUUGCUGCUGCAAGUCGAGAUUAUGUACUCGGUACCGCUGUUGACUGUACUCCUAGUGUAGGGACCAACGGGUGACUCUUGAGUUGGCAGCUCUUUCAUGACUGCUGUUGUUCUGUUUCUGUCCUGCUCUACAGUCUGUGUCCCUUUGGGUUUCUGCUUCGUAUUCAUUAGUGGAGCCAACGAG